AUGUCUUCUCACAAGACUUUCAGAACCAAGCGAUUCCUGGCCAAGAAACAAAAGUCAAAUCGUCCUAUUCCUCAGUGUAUUCGUAUGAAAACUGGUAACAAAAUAAGGUACAACUCCAAGAGAAGACACUGGAGGAGAACAAAGCUGGGUCUGUAA